UGCUCGUUUUUUUAUUUUUUAGACCAGUUGGGUCUUUUAUUUUAAUUUGAUCGUUUUAGUUUCUACUGUACGAUGUUUUAUUUUAGUAUUGUGAUUUUUGGUCACCCAUAAAAAAACAUUUAUGUCAAAAGAGUCCUCACUUUAAUCGGACUCCAUACAAAGCAACGCCACAUUCCGGCGAUGUAUUAAUUUGUUAAUAAUUUAUUACUAAAUCUAUUUCUCAUUUGUAUUAUUUUAAAUAAACGCGAUUAGUAUUAAAAAAAGAAAUCGAUUUUGUCCCAUUACAAAACGACGCAUGACGUUGACGUGGUCAUCUGCGUAUCACCUUAAACGUCGAUCACUAGGCAACGAGCGCGUAGCGUACCUUCUACAAACAACAAACAUUGAUUUGACGAGCCGCUGGAUGAGACGGAGCGAUCUUCAGAUUUGCAUUUUCCAUUUCUUGACUUUAUUGAUACAUUCAUUUCGUUAAUUUAUUCAUUUAUCAAUACAUUUUCAUCUGAAUUACUCAGUGUCAUAUUUUUGUCUGGUUUUAACAUUUCUUGUUUUUAACGUAUUCUCAGUCCGUGAGUUGUUAUUUUCACAGGUCAGAUGACAUCGUUCAUCGGAGGAAGCUCUUGUGGAGCUGGCGUACCGAGGGAUCAGAUCGCCUCGUUGUUCGUGGGGGACCUUCAUCCAGAAGUGUCCGAGUUCGUCCUCCAUCAGACGUUCAGCCCGUUCGGUCCGAUCCAGUCCGUGCGGGUCUGCAGAGACAGGGUGACUCGGCGAUCCCUGCGGUAUGGUUAUGUUAACUUUGUUAACCACGCCAAUGGUAAGUUAUCUCUCCGUUCUUCACCUUGACAUCUUGGUAAUAAACAUUUGAAUUUGAAAUUUCAGCCUUGUGUAUUUUUCUCCUCGAUGUUGUUUCCUGUAAAUCAUCUUUAAAUUAGGCUAUGUGAAGUGUGCCGUACAAACAAACUUGCUAGGUCUUGUCUCUUAUCAACUCUGUCUUUCAGCUGAGAGCGCCAUGGACAGCCUGAUGUGUCAGGAUCUUCUGGGCAGACCCAUGCGGAUCAUGUUCUCCCAGCGUGAUUCCACUCUGAGGACGACUGGGGUCGGGAACAUCUUCAUCAAGGGUCUGGCCAGCAGCAUCGAUGGUGCCAGCCUUUAUGACUGCUUCUCAAUUUUUGGGAAGAUCCUGUCCUGCAAGGUGGUCUGCGAUGCACAUGGAUCCAAAGGUUAUGGAUUCGUCCACUUUGCCACCUUUGAAGCGGCAGAGAAGGCCAUCAAAGCGCUUGAUGGCAUGUUGUUGGACGACCAGCUAGUGUCCAUUGGCCACUUUAAAACCUUUCAAGAGCGUCAUGUUGAGCAGCAGGUCAUGGCUCAGGACAACGAGAGGCACUACCCGGUAUCCAAACCCUUUGAUCACCUAACGAAUCUUUAGCGAAUGUUGAAGCGU